AUGAUCAUCAAGGGCCAGUCGGUGUGCCUCAACUUCCCCGAACUGGCCGAUGAGCUACCGCGGCCGGCCUCCGCCGCCCCCGAGCACAUCCAGGCGGCAGCUGCGUUGGCUGCUGCCACCACCUUCGGCGACCGCAGAGAAACAACACGCGCCAGCGAGGAGUCAGGCAGGAGGCAGGCCGAGAUGCCGACGUCGCGAUCUCCAGCCCCCGCAGCUCUAUCGAGCGACGGCGACGACAAGCUCUUCGACCUGCCCGAUCUCCCGCUUGACGUAAGCGAAGGUUUCCGCUCGCAUCCGUCAUGGGCGCCAUCCACAGUGGAGGACUGCAUUCAGUUCAGGGUGGAGGAGCCAUUGGUGUGGGAAUACUACGUGAAUUGA